AUGUUUUCCAAAGCGUUGUCUUCCCUUAGCUCCAACAUCAGCGGCAACUACUCCAUCUCACCACAACCCUCUUCCACCGCUGGACCGUGGAAGAUAUUCGAUGCCAAGCACAAGAAGGCGGCCAAGCUUGCCUCGGUCUUCGUCUUUGACCCGAAGACCCUCACUCCUUCACCUGGCGGACUCGGUGGCGCUGGCCGGGGCGGCUCAGCAUCCCUAAAGCGCGCACAUGAAGAAGUGAUCGAGCGCUUGAAGAAGGAGGCCAGUAGCCUUGCGCGCCUCCGACACCCCAGCAUCCUCGAGCUUCAGGAGCCCUUGGAAGAGACCCGCAAUGGCGGGCUCAUGUUCGCUACCGAGCCGGUGACGGCCAGUCUCGCUACGUUGUUGGCGGAGAAGGAUGAGCAGGAGCGUUCGGGCGGAGUUGGAGGGAGAGGAAGCAAGUAUGUUGUGGAGGAGACAGACGGUACGAGACAUAGACGGGAGUUGGAGAUCGAUGAGCUGGAGAUCCAGAAAGGUCUGCUACAGCUGGGCAAGGGUCUGGAAUUCCUGCAUGAGAGUGCUGGCCUGGUGCACGCAAACCUCACGCCAGAUGCGGUGCUGGUGAAUGCGAAAGGAGACUGGAAGAUAUCUGGUCUAGCAUUCUGUGGGCCACACGAGAGCUCGACCGCCGCGACGAGCCUGACACCGAUCAGUUUGAGCGAGGCGCUCAACCAUGAUCCACGAUUACCACGGAGUGUACAACUUAACCUGGAUUACACCUCGCCUGACUUCGUUCUCGACAACAGUCUCACCGCAGCAGCAGACCUGUUCAGCUUGGGUCUUCUCAUCGUAGCGCUAUACAACAGUCCGCACACGAGUCCUAUCAGUACGGGCGGCUCGCUGUCGUCAUACAAGCGAAUCUUCUCAAGUUCCUCCAGCAUACCGACACAACAGAACAACUUCCUCGUCUCGACAUCGCAUCCACUGCCAUCAAGGCUUGCCAGUGAGCUGCUACCGAGACUGAUCACGCGAAGGCCAGCACAGCGACUAUCUGCGCGAGAGUUCCAAGAAGCUUCGUACUUCGACAACAUCCUAGUGUCAACCAUACGCUUCCUCGAUGCACUACCUGCCAAAACUCCGCAGGAGAAGGCGGCCUUCAUGCGCGGCCUUCCGCGCAUCAUGCCACAGUUCCCGAAGUCUGUGCUGGAGAAGAAGGUGUUGCCGGCCUUACUCGACGAGAUGAAAGACAAGGACCUUCUUGCACCCAUCAUGAGCAAUGUCUUCGCCAUGAUCAAGGUAAUGCCUACAGGCAAACGAGCUUUCACGACGGUUGUGGUGCCACGGUUGCGCGAGGUAUUCAUCACUCAUCGCUCAGCGGAGAAAGACACGGGCAGAGAAGCUGGCCUGAUGAUCUUGCUUGAGAACAUGCAAGUCGCAGCAGAGAACUGCCCAGGCAAGGAGUUCCGGGAAGAUCUCUUGCCGAUUGUAAUGUUGGCAUUGGAGAGUCCCACGCAUGCUGUGGUGGACGCUGCACACGUCGCCCUAACCCACGUCCUCCCCGUCUUGGACUUCACGACAAUCAAGAGCGAGCUGUUUCCGGUCAUUGCGGCUGUCUUUGCCAAGACGAGCAGUCUCAACAUCAAGAUCAGAGGGCUUGAAGCGUUUUAUUUGCUAUGUGGUGGCAGUGCUAGCGGCAACGAUGACGCCGAGGACGACCUGAACGGCAUUGGUGUCGCGGACAGACGAUCGGCUUCAUCCGCAGGCUCAGCUAUCCUGGACAAGUUCACCGUGCAGGAGAAGGUUGUGCCGCUCCUGAAAGGCAUCAAGACGAAGGAGCCGGGUGUCAUGAUGGCGGCUCUCCGCGUCUUUCGGCAGGUUGGCCAGGUGGCAGACAGCGACUACCUAGCUAUGGACGUCCUGCCGACUUUGUGGAGUAUGAGUCUCGGCCCGUUACUGAAUCUGCAACAAUUCCAGGCUUUCAUGUCGCUCAUCAAGAAUUUGGGUGGCAAGAUCGAGCGAGAACAUACACGCAAGCUGCAAGAGCUGUCGAGUGGGAAUGCAGGCAUGAAUGAUGGGCUUGGAGGAGGAGUCAGGCGGUCUGCUUCGGGCCAUGGCGCGAUGGGCACAGUGAACGGCGAUGAGACGGACUUUGAGACUCUAGUAUCUGGG